AAUAAAGGAUGCAACAUUCGGUUACAUUAAAAGUUUGCAAACACAUAUAUUUAGACAUCUUGAUCAAUUAGAAAGUUGUAAAAGUCUUCAUUACCAUGAGUUUUUUCCUGAGAAGGAAAUACAGAUUAAGAUAGGAGGUGAUUACGGUGGUGGAAGUUUCAAAAUGACUUAUCAGGUAGCAAAUACCAUAAACCCAAACAGCAAAGAUAACACCAUUGUUUUUAGCAUUUUUGAGGCAAAGGAUUACCAAAUCAAUAUUAAAGUUGCCAUUUCAAGAUUUGAAAAACAAAUAGAAGAUCUUCAAAAAAUGAAAUAUAAUGAUAGCAACAUUAGAGUAUUUAUUUUUGGAGAUUACAAGUUUCUAUGUGCACUUUAUGGUAUUUCAGGUGCCUCAGGGAGGCAUUGUUGUCUUUUCUGCUAUGCGACAGCAAGUGAAAUGAAAUGCAUUGACCCUGAAAUAAAGUAUCGCACAUUGGAAGAUUUAUGUUUGGAUCAUAAAAGGUUUAUGGAAAACGGAGGUCUAAAGAAUAUUGCCAAAAAUUUUAAUAAUGUCAUAAAUGAACCAAUUUUAAAAAUACCACUAGACCAAGUGUCUUUACCUAGUCUUCACAUGGCUCUUGGUAUUUAUUUAAACUUUUUUAACAUGUUUGAAGAAGAAGUUCAUCAAUUGGACAUAUUGAUGGCUGCUGAACCGCUAAAGAGCGGCAUGAAAUGCUCAGAAGAGUAUGAAGUUUUUAUAAACAAACAAAAGCAAUUGUGGAAUCUUCAAAUAGAGAUUCUAAAUAUUGAUGAUCAAAUUGAAUUAGUUAAUGAUGUCAUUUUAUUAGCUACAGUAAAUAAUUCAGAUGAUGUAGAUGAUGCUCAAUCUCUUUACUUGACAGAAAUUGAGCUACUUAUUAAUGAAAAAGAAAAAAAGACAAAUCUAUUCAAUACUCUUGAAGAAUAUUUUUUAAAGAAGGGUCAAGGACCUUGUACUCAAAUGAUUGAGACUAUAUUACAACAGCUUAAUGUUCAACGCCAAGCAUAUCAUGGAAAAAGUUUUAUUGGAAAUCAUGUGCAUAAAAUGCUUAAAAAACCUUCAAUACUUCGGUUAUGCAACUCUAUACCUAAGUUUGUUUAUGAUGAGGGUUAUUCAGGGACCAAUAUACAUCUAAAAUCAAUAGAAAUUAGCAAGCAAUACAAACAGCUCUUUGAUAAAUUUGCACAGUGUUAUAACAUAUUUUCAUCCAAAAAUACUAUUUCAACAGAAAAAUUAAGUAUUUUAAAAAAGAAGAUAAGCGAUUUGAUGCAAUUUUAUCGGGAAAAUUGGCCCGAGGCCUCAGUGUCGCCAAAGUUACAUAUGCUGGAACGUCAUACUGUUCCGUUUUUAGAAAAAUGGAAAGCAGGAUUUGGGUUUUAUGGCGAGCAAGGCGGCGAGUCGAUACAUGCAGAGUUCAAUAAACUGAAAAAUAUAUAUCAAUCAAUUCCUUGUCCAACAAUGCAAUUGAAAAGUAUUCUGAAAUCCCAUUACCAAAAGACAAACCCAGAGAACAUGCGACUUAAGCCAUGUGUAAAAAAAAGAAAAUUUGUUAAGAAAAUUGCUUGAAUAUCUUCGAGUCUCCGAAGAAGGGAAAUUAAAAACGGCUAUUUUCAUAGCCACAAACAUA